CGUUCCUCGCCCUUCCUCUUUGCAACAACAACAACGCUGUUCGAGCUUCUGGUGCUGAUGUUGUUGUUUCCAUCACCAUCACCGCUAUGUCCCUUCUGUUGAACGGAUGCGACUUAUGUCCUCAGCCGGAAUAUUAUUCCCCCUUUAGCAGCAGCCUUCUCAACGAGAGUCUCCGCGACGUACGUGAUCAAGCAUACAGGUGAUAGGGACGCAAGAGCUAGCGACAGAGAAUUUAUCCUGGGGGUGUGUCUCACUAUGGAGUAUACCGCGAAGAAUCAACCCUAUGGUUUUCUUAUUGUACAACGUUCAAGUCAAUGAAGGCUAUGCUGGGCGAGGUGCGAGUUUAAGAGUAUAGUUUGGGCUCCUGACAUAGAGUGUUCUCAAAUAAUUUUUAGACUUGAAUUAUUUUGGAAAGUGUCGAGCUUUGUGUAGUCCGUUGAGAGUCUACAAUUGGACAAGUCUAGUUUGUUCCACAGUAAAUUAAGUACCACAAGGGCAGCGUUUGUGUUGCUAUUCUGUAUGUGAGUUAGUGCGAUUCAUGCAUUGUAAUCUGCAAAGAAGGAGAAGACUCCCAAUGGGGUGUUCAUGCCUACUCAGGAAGUUCCGCAGGCGUAUCCAAAUGUUAACGUACUCGCCUUUCGUUCAAGAUGGUAGUAGUUGAAAUUAUUGUGCUAGCUGUGACUGGGACUACGUACUACUCAUGAUGAUUUCAUUCCCUCCUCCAUCUUGCUGUUGGCACCGCGGAUAAAAAUUCCUCGUUGGAACACUGUAUGGAAAGCGGAUUUCAUAACCAUAGUGAAAGGAACGGAAUACGUGCGGUUUUUCGAGCACACUGUUUUCUUUGUUUUGCUUUUUGCUAUUGCACCUUCUUCUUCUGUUCUGUUCCAGUCACUACAAUUUCCGAAUACUGACUGAGUGAUACACUGAAUAAUGGAGGUAGUUUGAAAGCACUGUCAAUCUCGUAUCUUGGAAUUAACUUCUUGCUGUUCAUUUUUUUUUAAUUAUACACUGGAAGAUAGAAGGAAUGAUACCAAGGAGUACUGGAGAUCUGAAUCUUUGUUUUGUUUUGUUUUUUGUUUUUUGUUUUUUUUAAUUUUUAAUUUUUAAUUUUUUAUCUGUCUAUCUAUCUAUCUAUCUAUCUAUUGAUAUUAUAAUGAACUUGAGAGAGGGCUUGGUUGGAUUGACCAUUCCCAUGAGGCGUGCCAAAUUUUUUUUAAAAUCUAAUUCCUGCGCUGUCGACUCAAAAUCCAAACUUCGAUUUUUCAAAUAUUUGAGGUCUAAAGCUAUUCGAGCGUAAUCCUCAGUGUCGAAGAGAGGAAAAUGUGUGUAUGGUGUGACUUAAACCGUUACCGUUUGUAGGACAUCAUAAAUGUUGCAGUUUGGUUUUCGCGAUCGUGUAUGGACAUGCAGCUAGUUUCAGGUCUAGGCGUGCAGAGGAAGAAGAGGGUGACAGCUUGUGUAUGCCGAAGUUGGGGUAGUCGAAGCUGCCGAAAGCCGUGUUCUGGAUAAAAAAUGUUACGCUACUUAUUCAGAGCUUUGUACGGAUAAGAAAGGUGCUUGUUGACACGCCAUUGAAGGCGAGUGUGAUGCGAGAUAGAGCUUUGUCACUGUGUUAGGGAAUGAUUCGACAGCAUUACAUAUAUCUUCCGUGAAGAGAUCUUGGUCGAUCCGGCUCAUGAAAUUAAAAGAGUUUCGUUUUUAGCUGAGGGGACACCGAUGCAUUUGUCCAGCCCUGGAGGAUCACUUCAGAAGUGGAGAAUGGGAGAUAUAGGGGAAAUUUUAGACGAGCUCCUUGUGUGCUGUGUGUGAGCUUUCUACCUCCAGUAUCAUGAUCCAAGUAGAGGGACCAAUGAGAGGAGCGCAAUUUUCUUGGUUGGCUUGAGAAUAAACUCUUCUUCUCGAAUUUCGAAGACUGGCAAACUUGGAAACCUUGGAGAUAGAUCAGGAAGGAGAGAUGCUCUCCGUUUUCCCAGACGAGGUGCUAGAGCACGUGUUAGUAUUUCUGACUGACCACAGGGAUAGAAACUCUGUGUCCCUGGUGUGCAAAGCGUGGUGCAGGACAGAAGGAUGGAGCAGGCGGAGUGUUUUCAUUGGGAACUGUUAUGCAGCCUCCCCAAACCUCCUGUUGAGGAGGUUCCCCAAGUUAACGUCUUUAGAGAUGAAAGGGCGGCCUAGGUUCACUGACUUUGGGCUGGUGCCUUCGAAUUGGGGGGCAUUCAUCCAGCCAUGGAUCGAAGCCUUGGCCGAGCAUUACGCUGGAUUGGAAUGUCUCCGUUUGAAGCGCAUGACUGUGUCUGACGAAAGUUUACGGAUUAUAGCUCUUGCCUUCCCCAAUUUUCGUUCUCUGCGCCUUGCCAGCUGUGAUGGAUUUACUACCGAUGGUCUUCAGUGGAUAACGAGACACUGCAGGCAUCUCAAGGAGCUGGAUUUGCAAGAAAAUGAAAUCCAAGUACGCAGUGUAGGCUGGCUGACGGCCUUUCCUGAGUCCCAAACAACUCUGGAAAGUCUCAGUUUUGCGAACAUCCAAACCCCGUUGGAUGAAUACGAUUUUCACUCUUUGUAUGCCUUGGUAGCUCGUUGUCCAAGACUGAAAAGGUUGAAGUUGAACAGAGAGGUCACUCUGGAGCAGAUGCAGAAGCUUCUUCUGCUAGCUCCUCAGCUUGAAGAUUUGGGCACAGGGGCAUAUAACCAGAAGCUGACGUGGGGUAAACUUCAUGACCUUCAGGCUUCAUUUAGGAAGGUUAAGAAUAUCCGGUCGCUUUCUGGGUUUUGGGAUGUAAGUCCAAGGUGCUUACCGACAUGUUUCCCAAUUUGUAACGAGCUGAUCACCCUAGAUCUCUCAACUGUUGCACUCACCACAGCUGAUUUUACAAAGUCUACUACAAAUUGCGUCAAGCUCCGGCGCCUACUGGUACAAGAUUCUGUGGGAGAUGAGGGUUUACUUCACGUAGCACGUUGCUGUAAGCAGCUGACGGAGCUUCGUGUCUAUCCUUUUAACAAUCAAAGUAACGUUACAGAGAAGGGUUUUAUUGCAAUCUCCGAGGGAUGCCGAGACAUGCGUAAGAUCCUUUACUUUUGCAAGCAGAUGUCAAAUGCUGCAAUGAUUCAGUUCGCCAGGAACUGCCCGAAUAUGACCCAUUUCCGGAUGGCCAUGGUGACGGUCUACGACCGAGACUGUGUCACCAACGACCCUCUGGACGAAGGGUUCGGCGCGGUGUGCAAGCUGUGCAAAAACCUUCGCCGCCUAUCUCUCUCGGGGCUCUUAACCGACAAGACCUUUGAGUAUAUCGGCAUGUAUGCGAAGAAGUUGGAGACUUUGUCAGUAGCCUUUGCAGGCGAUACUGAUUUGGGAAUGGUCAACGUUCUGGACGGUUGCCCAGCUCUGCGCAAGUUGGAGGUUCGAGACUGUCCCUUUGGGGACGAGGCUCUAUUGUCUGGCAUCGAGAAGUACGAGUCCAUGCGCGCUUUGUGGAUGUCUUCAUGCCAACUUACCAGGGAUGGUGUCCAGUUCCUGGCUGACAAGAACCCUAACCUGAACGUGGAAAUCAUCGUGGAUGUUGAGAAGUCACAUGACCCAGAGUACGUUGAGAAGUUGUAUGUUUACCGUUCUAUUGCAGGCCCUCGGGAGGAUGCCCCGUAUUUCGUAGAUACAUUGUGAUCGCACAUACCUUGGCUGUACUUUCUUUCUUUCUUUUUCCAUAUCUUUCCGGUUUUAAGUCUGUAGUGCUCUCAGUUAUUUUCAUUUACUUCUUACAUUCUUCUUUCUACACUAGAGAGAAGCCAUAGUUUGAACUAGAGACACAGCGAGGUACGAGCGAGGCGAGGCGAGAAGAUCCCUGAGGUAUUGUGAUUCGCUUGGUUGGGUAUGGACGGCCUUCUGCAGUUAGCUUGGGAUCCUGUCUCUCAUAGAGGAAGUUUGGAUAUUGUACAUAAUAUGGGUUGCGAGUCCCAAAUAGGUAGCUUAGUACAUCACUAUUCUAUAGAAGAUUCUGUUGAUCUGAAUGGUUUUGGGGCCCAUCCCAUGUCUCAAUGUUUUCUGAGUUUGACCUACUCCAGCGAUCAAAUCCGGUCUUACACAAGAUGGCGAUCGGUUCUGAUUGGGCGCUUUUACGAACCUCCACGGUUGCCGUUGCGGUCUCUGUUUAGUAAAAUGGGAAACAAUACCUUAUUCACACACUA